UGCACUUUUUAGUUAGUUCUUUCAUCUUGACAAGGAACAUUAGAAGAAUGAUUUUAAUGUAAUCUGUAGGUUUGUGGGAGAUACGUGUGCAUUGACAACUAAUAUUUUAAUGGGGUGGAUCUUAUGAAAGUUCCACCCAAGGGGCUCUCAGUUUGUUAGCCUGGUUCUUUUUGGAUUAUGGGAGAUAUGUGUGCAUUGACAACUAAUAUUUUAAUGUAUUAUGCAGGUUUAUGGCUAAUGAUGGGAAGAUGAAGCUGAAGGCAAUGCUUCUAACCCAUUCCUCUUCAGAAAUACAUUCUAGAAAACUUCAGAACUUUGGUCUGAUUUCUAUUCUUGAUUAUACCUGCAAUGCCAUUCCAAAUCAGCCUGGAAAGUGGUGUUCUUAUGUUGUUAUAGAUUUCACAGGAGAUGCAUUUUCGCACCUAGCAAGUGAACAAGUUUGCCUCGCUUGGUCUAAAACGAGCUUCCCUCGGGUCAGGAGUGCAUCGAGUAUAUCCAAAAACCAGUUAGGUACAUAAAAGGCCAUCAUAUUGUGGAGCUCUUCAUCUGUUUGAUGGACUUUCAUUGAAUUGUCUUUUUAUUUUGAAGGCUUCCAUUGUAGAUUAGUUUUUACUGCUAGGUUUGCAAGUCAGAUAAAUAAUGUUUCAAAUUACAUCAUGGUUGUUUUUACUAUCUUUUGAUUCUUAAAUGAAUAUGGCUUAAAUAUAUUUUAUUUUAUUUUAUACAGCAGGUUUUUUUUGUUUAAAAUCGUUCUGAAAUAAGAAAAAAUACCGUUCUCAAAUAUGAC